AAAAACAUUCCGGGAUGUAUACUGUAUACAUUUCUCUGACAUUAAAUUGUACCUUUGAACCUUUGAAUUCAUUUCAAACAUUAGAACAUUCGAGCAGUUGGGAGUUUCACAGUCAGCAUAACCUUUACACUUGGAUAAGCAUGGAGAGGAUUUGAACAGCUUUCACAAAUUAAUCAAGAUAUUUAUAUGGUUUAGCAUAACAAAUGCAUGAUUACAACCAGGAAUUCUGUCUGUUCCAAUGCAGUUUCAAUGCAUAAACAGACCGAGAAGAAAGGUGUUCCCCUUUUCUGCUGUCAACAUUACCAGAAUUUAUUUCCAAGAAACAAUACUCCGUGUACUCCUGUGAAAGUCUUUCAAGAUCGUUGGUUAUUUAUUAACAGAAAUAUUUGUAAAACACUGAAAAAAACUACUGACUAUAUUGAUUAUAAUCGAUACCUUUACCCGGCUGGAAAUGCGAGAAGAGUUUAUUCAGUAUCAGAACUGACUUCCAAAUGUUCAUGCUCUCUGUACUCUUGUGAAAGUUUUUCAAAAUCGUUGGUUAUUUAUUAAUUUCCAAAACAAAGACAAAAUACUGACUAUGUAAAGAGUGUAACUGUGACUUGAGUGAGGUAGAUCCAUUUGCAAACUCCCCCAUCGUGUCUCUCCAAUACGUCGGAUCGGACGGUGACAAAGUAAGAUGAAACUCGUCCUCAGUUACGGGAUCAUCUUGUUGCUUCUCACUGGCUGUCACACGAAUGACGUCUUUCUACAGAAACCUUCGGCUCUGCAGCUCCUGUCUCACAUCCACAGAGAAUCUCUGGAGCAAGAGUGCGUGGUAGAAACAUGCUCAAAGGAAGAAAUCCAUGAGAUCUUUGAAGAUGAUUCCACAACGGAAUUCUUCUGGAAAAUCUACAUAGACAGGCUGAAGUGUAAUUCAACUACCUGCCAAAGUAAUGGGAUCUGUCAGAAUACCUUCAUGGGAAUACAAUGUAAAUGUCUCGGAGGAUUCAAUGGAACCUUCUGUGAAAUAGAUAUCAAUGAGUGUGACUUAAUGCUCACAUGCCCACCAGGAACAACUUGUGUAGACGGAAUCAACAACUUCACCUGCAUUUGUCCAGCUGAAGGAUGCUAUGCAAAUUCAGAAUUAUAAACACACAGUUGUGAAGGACUUGUUAUGGAUUUUAAAUCAGAAUAAAUAUUUACAAUAUGGAACUGAGCUUGAAUCGGAAGAAUCAAACUCAGGUGCAGGAAGUCAGCCCAAAAUGAUGACCAUCCGUCUGUCUUCCACAUAUGCUACCUAACCUACUGAGUUUCCUCAGCAUUUUGUUGUUGCUUCA